UAUUUCCGUUUUGUUCGCAACGAUGUUUCUUCUCGAGGUGAAAUCUGGAUUCUCUUCUAAAUUCCAGAUUAAAUCAGAUUAUUUUCGAUUAAAAUCAAUCCCAGCGAUACCUGAAUUGCGAUCGAACAAUACCUGAGAAGACAAAUUGUCGAAAUAACGAACUUAGCUGCUGAAUUUGCGCGCGCACGACGGAAAGUCACAUCGUCGUCGCGUAUAAACACCAGACAAAUAAUAGAAAUAUACACAGGUUGGCAUGUAACCUUGACACAGGUAUCGAGUGAACAUCGAACGUUGAAGUUAACGAUGAUUCCUUCGCCGCUGCGAAUGUGCGCGAAAAUGCGGCGUGACAAGUCCGGGCCGAAUUGAUCGCUGCAACGUCGACACCGCAAGCAGAGAGCGAAUUGGGUGAUAUUUAUGUUCGAUUCCACUAACUUGCACGUGAUGUUUUGCCUUAUAUGUAAUAACGACGAUAUUUUGGCAAUGUGAAGACUAUAAUUGUGCGAUGGCGAGGCGUAAACGAACACGACAAGAGACCUCGUUUUACGAGGUCCGCGAGUCGUUCCGGGAGAAUGCUCGCUUGAUGACAACGCAGCAGCCCUCUUUUUCCCCCAGCUCGCCGACCGAGGUCACGAUAAACUCGCACCGACGUUCCCCGGAGUCGGUGCUGUACGAGUCACCGCAGGUGGAACUGUUGCAGCCCGAGGAACUCAGUCCCGAGAUCAUCUCGAAGAUUUCCCGAGUGAAACUCAGUCCGAGGGAUGCAUACGAGCACGACGACGACGACGAAGAAUGUAACGUCGCGUCAGGCGGGGAGCGCGAGAGACGACCGCUCGUCCAGGAGGAGUGGACUUGCAGGCGAGAAGAUGAUCCUUAUGGGUCCAAGAAGAUGGACGAUUGUUACAUGUUGGACAAGACGCUUUCGAUGAAUGAUGAUCUCGCGCGCGAGAUAGAGAACUAUCUGGGCGAGGAGCAAUCGUCGUCAGCAAUGGAGACGGCGAUCGCUGAAUGUCGUACCACCCACGAGAUGACCCCGCUGCUCGAUGUGGCGGUCGGCGAGUUGCAGAGCAGGUGCAUCGCACCCACGCACCCGAUGAAGUCACAGCAGAGCGGUGAAUUCAGCCACGAGUUUGAGCCGCUCGAGUCGUUGGUCUGCGAAACUGUCGACGGAUACGACGAGGUGUGCGCGGUCGGGACGGCAACGGGGCAGAAAAAUGACGAAAGGAACCGGGACGCCGCAGGGAUGAGGAACGGUGGGCCCUCCUUCGCGAGUUGGCGCGAAUUUCGGAAGAUCUUCGCUUACUUGCAGCGGCUGAACCGGAAGAUCUGCGGCAAGGGCGUCGCGCCCUUGUUCGCCAAACGCAGGUUCUCCUGCAGUAAUCGAAAGUUUCGUUACGUUUCAAUGACAACAUCGCCGCCGCAGUCAUCCUCGUCGUCAUCGUCGUCGGUCGCCUCGUUUCACACAUCCUUAUUGUCGCCGAAGAGCACGAGGAAUCGCAAUGGUUCUGCGGCUCGUAAGACCACCCAGAAUGUAUUCGCAAACGAAUGUCAAGCGAAACCAGACGAGUCGCCGCGGAGAACGAAGAGAACCGAAACGAACGCAUGUCGGCAGGAGGGAUCCGUUACGCCUUGCAGCGGAUCGUCACGAUCGACACACCGGUGCCGCGGGAUCUUAAAAUUCGAAGACGAGGACGAGGAAGCGAAAGGAAAGCAAAAACAACCGGCGAUGGCUCGCGCGGUCGACAGGACGAACGACCCGAUGUUGCCGCCAGAACGACAGAAUAAGAGCGAGAAGCAUUUAUAUCCUCUGAAUUUGCCGGUUUGCAUCAAAACGCGCUGGGACAGUUGCUCGUCCUCGGAAUCAACGCCGACCUCCAGCGUUGACCUGCUCGCUGUGUCCGAUGGCUGUGGCAGCCAUCCGCGAGAAGUGGAAUAUCAAGAUGGCACUUAUAUGUGCCGCAUAUCGCGAAGCAUCGCGACACCACGUUCUCGGGGUCACCCGUCUCAAUCCCGAAAUAUUUCUUACAUAGUGAUCAGGAAAGUGGCCGCAUUCUGCAUUUGGCUGAUGAGGAAACUGUUGCACAUGCUGACUAAUGGUUACAAGAAACUGCGACGGGUGAUCGUCUCGUCCGUUUCGUUUUCGUCCGGGGAUCAUAUCUCAAGCCAGAGUCUUCAAAUGAAAGAAUUCGGCCAUCUGAUAGUCAUGUUACGUUCCGAAAACGAGCAGAUGCUGUGCGUAAUGUCGGAGAAAGUAACACGUCUCUCGACGGAGUUCGUGCAGGUACGGACAGGCAUCGAAGCUGUCCUCGGCGUCGUGACGGCGGAAGUGGAUAGCGUUCGUGAAAUCAGCAGGAAAAUGAAUGAGAACAAUAUAGCGCUAACGCAGGAGCUGAAAAAGUUGCACGAAGCAUUGGAGGAAAUUCGAUUGAAAUCUGCGCGACAAGUCUCUUCGGCCACUUCGUGUUCUUCGCUCUCUUCUCGCUUUCCAUCUUCGCUUUCUCCACCACCACCCUCCUUGGUACUUUCACCAAAACACACUACAGAAUCAGCAUCAUCGAUGCAGCCGUUGUCAUCACUUCCACCUCCACCUCCACCUCCGCCACCGCCAUUAUCGUCAGUUCUUCCUCCUCCUCCCCCUCCUCUUCCACCUACUCCUUUCCUUUCCGCCUCCUUUCAAUUUUCAUCGAUAACACCGACAACCCCAAAUAGCAACAUGAACAACAGGAAUAGUGUGACACCCACGAGAAAGUGUUCCACGCCGUUGUUGAAUAGGCCUAGCAUCACCGUCGAAGAUCUCUUGAAAGUCACUCUAAAGAAAGCUCCGCAAAGUAUUAAGGACAACAGGCGAAACACCAUACCGGGCCCAAGAGGACCAGUCGUGUCCUUGGAUAUGUUGCGCAAUGUCAAGUUGAAAUCCGCCAGACGUAGAAGUAACGACCAGGCCGGAAGAUCGCCGAGGAACGGGCGGAUCGUGAAGAGCCGUACCGUGCCAACUCUCAGUCUGUCGCCGAUCACGACCGGAUCGGAGGGCAAUCUGGAGCGCAUCCUGCGGCAGGUGGACAUAAACCGACGUGGACCGAGGAGGCUGCUGUCAGGAUCGAUCAGCUUUCGCGACCACGACUUCACGAAGGACGAUGGGCGACCUCAGUCGCUUGAAACGCUCAAGCACAGCCAGUCGCAAUCCGCGAUUGCAUGAUUGUACAGAAUGUUAAGUCUCAAAUCGACACGCAGACGCAUCUCAACGAAACGGGAUAUAAAAUACACGCGUUCAUCGGACUCGUUAGGCUCCAAGCCCUUCGUAUCGAGCGGCCGAAGAAGCGACUAGUGAUUCUCCUGUGACUGGCCGGUCGCGCCGGAAGCUCGAGAGUCCCGAGAUAUAUUUUUCUUUUUUAAUAAAACUUACGAGAGCAUAGAUUCGUAAUUACUUUAUUUGUAGCUUUUAUGUGUCUGUGGUUUUACAGAAAAAAGAUCGUAUCCGAUGUAACUGCAUCGAGAUUGUAGUACAGAGCGAUAAGAAUGCAUGCGGAUCCAAAGAAAGAAAAAA